CAAAAUCGGACCAUCGGUUUAGGAGGAGUUGUUGUUUGAAGUAUCAAGGCUCUAGCUAUUAUUGAUUCAGAGAAGAAAAGUGACCACGCCCCAUGGGGGCUAUGUUUUUUGAUGAAUCAAAAUAAUUUGAACAAUCUUAGUAGAGGGUCACACAAGGACCAUUUGUGUAAAAUUAGUCUAAAAUCGGGCCAGCAGUUUCAUACAAGAAGAUUUUUAAAGUUUCCACUAUAUACAUAUAAGGAAAAGUGACCACACCCUCUAGCGGCCAUGUUUUUUGACGAAUCGGUAUAAUUUGAACAAUCAUAGUAGAGGGUGACACAAGGACUAUUUGUGUGAAAUUAUUUCAAAAUCGGACCAUCGGUUUAGGAGGAGUUGUUGUUUGAAGUUUUUUUUAUUUUUAGCUCUGGCAGCCCCUAUGUGCAACCAAGCAUCCAUUUAGUGGUUUUGGAGAUGUUGUUUAAACACAAAUGUUGACGUUGGACGACUUGACACAUGCAAGCACAGACGAUGGACACAGCAUGACCACAAUACCUCACCAGGAGCACUUUGCUAAAAACAAUCAGUUAUGGAUGGGAUCUGUGUACUGCGUGUCAGAUCAUCACAGUGAACAUAGUAUAAACAUAAUAUAAUAAAUAUUAUGUGAACGUGUAAUCCAUUCCCAGAAGCGGUUACUGAGAUACCAUCGUACAUACAAAAUUUACAAGAACUGAGAACAGGAUGUGGACAUCGACAAAUGGAUAGUGGUGAAGAGCCAGUACCCUAUGAGGCAGCACUGAAAUCUAUAGGUUAUGGAAGGUUUCACAUCAUCCUGCUGGCGCUGUGUGGCUGGGCAGUAUCCAGUGAUGCUAUUGAAGUCCUGUCUGUGUCUUUCAUGUUGCCAUCAGCUCAGUGUGAUUUGAAACUGAGCUCACAGGAUAAAGGAUGGCUCAAUGCAAUCAUAUUUGUAGGGAUGAUGGUUGGUGGGUAUUUUUGGGGCUCGAUGGCAGAUAAGUUUGGACGUCGGUCUGUGCUGAUGGGUUCGCUGACGGUGAAUGGUCUUGGAGGUUUGGUGUCGAGUACAUCCCAAGUGUUUUGGUUGUUUCUUAUCAUGAGGUUUAUAAGUGGUGUAGGUGUUGGUGGCAGCAUACCUGUGAUAUUUUCAUAUUUUACUGAAUUUCUGCCAAAAGAUCGUCGUGGUACCAUGAUAAGUGCCUUAGCUACAUUUUGGAUGAUGGGAAAUAUAAUUGCUGCAGGGCUGGCCUGGGCAGUAAUACCACAUCCAAACUUGGGAUAUUUUUCUGAGAAGUUCACAUAUAACAGUUGGAGAAUAUUUGUGGCAAUAUGCACUAUACCAAGCUUGACAUCUGCUGCAAUGUUUGUGUUCAUGCCAGAGAGUCCAAAAUAUUUUUUGACAAUGGGUAAAGAAAAGAAAGCUUUAGACAGUUUGAGGACUGUGAGUAGAAUCAAUGGCAGGGAUAGGCCAUUUCAGAUAUCCAGGUUGAUACUGACUAAAGACAGAGAUGGUAUAAUACACCUUGACGAUGAUGAGGAGAAGACAAAUUUCAAAGAAAGUGCUAAACAUCUACUGCAUCAAACUCAGGAACUGUUUGGGAAAACUUUAUUGAGGACCACUACCAUAAUGAUCAUCAUAAAUUUCACACUGAGUUUUGGUUACUACGGGUUAUGGAUGUGGUUUCCAGAAAUAUUUUCUCGAGUGGAGAAAUAUGGUGGGUCCGUUUGUAGUCACCCACAUAUAAAUGAGACAGCAUCCAAUACAACAGAACCAUGCAAUGGCAUCCCGGAGGAGUGGGUGUUCUUUGAAGGAUUUAUGACAGCUCUGUCAAACCUACCAGGAAAUAUACUGACUAUACUGAUUAUGGACAAAGUUGGUAGAAAACCAUUAUUAUCAACAAGUAUGGUGUUAGCUGGUGUCACAGUAUUUUUCCUGCCUAUAGUACAUAGCAAAGUUCAUAAUUUACUUAUAUCCUGUGCAUUUGGUGCUGUGACCACUGUUGGCUGGAAUUCCAUAGAUGUUCUGCAGGCAGAACUUUUUCCUACUGCUGUCAGGUCAACAGCAUUUGGUGUACAGUCAGGUGUAGGUCGUAUAGCAGCAAUCCUUGGUAAUGUUUCAUUUGGAAGUCUAGUGGAUGUACACUGUGCAGUUCCUAUGAUUAUGGUGUCUGUGUUAUUGACAAUUGGAGGACUUUCUGCUAUAAAGCUGCCAAAUACAACGGGAAAAGAUAUCCACUGAUAUUCUAGUUGUCAUACAGCUUUGGAACCAGUCUCAGAAUGCACUUUUCUAAUUGGUCAAUUUCAAAACUGUGCUCAGAAUCAACCAAUCAGAAGCUAGAGUUUUGACACUGGUCUUCAAAUUUAGUUUUAUUCCUUUUGACCAAGGACAGCUAUAUCCAGGAGUUGUUUUGAUUUCAUACCCAUGAUUUUUAUUCAGUAUUAUUAUAACGUUUAUAGGAUUUUGGUUGUCUAUUAAUCUGAGCCUGUAGGACAGUCAGGGAAACUUGGCAUGUAAUUUUUUGAAACAGCAGGUCUGGCAAUUUUAAAUUGAAUGGUAACAUUUAGAUAGCUUUAUGAACAAGGUUCGCACAGACUUGAAAACUCCUUGAAUUUCAAGCUGCUAGAUGAAAAGUGCUUGAAUUUGCAAAAACCUCCUUAAAACUCCUUGAAUUCGUUUCUUGCCUUGAAAACUGCUUGAAAAGUGCUUGAUUUUAUGAUAAAAGUCCUUGAAUUUCCUUCUUCAGAAAUUUUGGUCAGCUUAAUAAAAAUAGAUCGUAAAAGACGCUUUGACGCAUCGCCAUGUUUUAUGUCUACAUAACCUAUGUGUACCGUAAGAUACGGGUUUUAAACAGACUGGGACUAGGAAAAUUACGACAUGUAAAAAUUACGGACACCAUUUCCGUUACCGAUAUUGAAGAAAAUGUCGUGUAUUUUCAACAAAAAGUGGCUUGUAUCCUAUCCAUGGCUGGUCGAGCACGAAAACAAACGGAAAGCCAUGUGCAAAUAUUGUAACAAAGUUAUUGACAUUAGUUCAAUGGGUGAAUCGGCGCUGAAAUCGCACGUCAAGUCUGAGAAGCACAAGAAAAAUGUACCUGAUCGAGAGUCACCAACGGCCACUCUUGAUGUGUUUACUAUUCCACCUUCGCCCCCAGCAGCCAGAGGCACCUAAAACUUGAUCUUAUAUGACAUGAUAAGUCGCUGUUGAUGUAAGAAGUGUUGAUCAAUUGUUUGCCAGUCAUUUUGUGUGUGAUAAAGUGUUGAUCAAUUGCAAAUUGGAACUCUAUAGAAAAACUUAUAUCACGUGAUAGUCAUUUUGGAUGUAAGAAGUGUUCACCAAUUGUAAGCCAGUCAUUUCGUGUGUAAUAAGUGCUUGUUCAAUUUUUUGCUUAUCCUUGAAAACGUAAUAAAAGUCCUUGAAAACUCCUUGAAAACCCCUUGAAUUUUUUGUCAGUCUGGCUGUAUGAACCCUGAUGAAAAUGCUACUGUGUCUUGCUAUAUAAAACGGGGUAAUAGGGAUUUUAUAAAAAAAAUAUUUUUUACUAGAUGUUGAUUAUAUUUGAAUUUUCUGUGAUGUUAAUAGAGGAAGCUUGAACAGUUACAACAGCUAUAUUGGUAUGUAUAGUAUGUAACUUUCUGUGGAAAAGUAGUACAUGUACUUGAAUUUUAAGCAAUAGUAUGAAAAUUACUGAAAUUAUGGAAUAGUUUUCAUUAACCUUUGAAUAAUUUGUUACAUUUUGAAUUAGAAUGAAACAAUGAGACUUCUGAGGGCAGAUUUGAAAUGAACUUCCACAUUGUUUAUAAACAGAACUGUAUGGUGAAUGUUUUUUCAUAGCUGAAUUAGGCAGUUUCUCUUAGAAAAAUAGCUUUUUUUCUGAAACUUAAUGAAAACUGAAUGUGCAACAAAAUGUUAACUGAAUGUUUUAAGAAUCGAAUCAUUCUUUAUUUAUGAAAGGAAUCAUUUACUCAUAUAAGUAUGUGAUGAAUCAAGAUAAGAUCAAUUGAAACUGUUCUUUUUCAUGGUGUUUUAAACUUGAGUAGUGAAUUUUUGCUAAACCUUAAAUGAAAGUAGUGUUCUAAAGCAUUGAACUACAUUUAAAAAACCUGAAUUGAUGUUGGUUAAUCUCAUUUGCUGAAAAUUUAUUUAUAUUGUCUUGAACUGAAAAUACAUUUAUAAUCUCCUGUACUGUAGAUUAAUGUCUAAUCUUAAAAUUGGUUGUUAAUUUCUUGCUCUGAAAGUAGAUUAAUAACUUCUUGCACUGAAAAUUGAUUUAGAAUCUCUUGCACUGAAAAUUUGUUAUAAUCUCUCUACUGAAAAUUGAUUUAUAGUUAUUUGCACUGAAUAUUGAUUUAUAAUAUCUUGCACUGAAAAUUGAUUUUUGAUAUCUUAUUCUGAAAAUUGAUUUAUAAUCUCUUGCAGUGAAAAUAGAUUUAUGAUCACUUACAUAUCUGCUAUAGAUUAUAAUAAAAAGAUUUGCAAAUACGAAAUGCAGCAUCAGUUCUUUUUGUUCAGAUCAUUUAAUGUUGUCAUUUUAAUCAGAAUAAUUUUAUUUUUUUUCUCGUUUUGGAUAGAUAAGUUAUUUCACAUACAGAAAAUAUUAUAAAUAGAUCACAAAUUAUGAUGGAUUCUCUAAGUAUAACAUUCAAAUGUUUAUCUUAUGCAUAACAAUGAAACUGCUUCAUUUUCCUUGGUUUUGGUUUAGGAGUUUUACAUUCCUGACUUGGGAACAAAGUGAAAUUUUUUAUUUAUAUUUUAAUAUUGUGCACCAGUAUUUGGUUGUAUAAAUGUAUAUGGAUGUAGUGUUUAUUCAUUAUGUACUGCUUUUAUGAAUGCAUAUAUAUUUUACAAAAAUCCUGUUAUUAAAAAUGCAUUUAUAGCAUUUUCUCAGGGAAGAAUUCAAAGUGAUUUUUUCAUAAAAACCGUGGAGUUUGGAACAUCACCAAUCAUUCAGGCAUAGUAAUGUGAAGAAAAGUUUUAAUUUAAAAGAACAUAGAAAAUGUCAAAAAUGAUAAAUAUAUUAUUUUUAUGCCCCCGAAGGUGGGCAUAUUAAAGUCGCACUGUCCAUCAGUGUGUGUAUGUGCGUGCGUGUGUCGGGAUUCUUGUCUGGUUCAGAACUCUGCCAUUCAUCAAGGGAUUUUGAAAUUACUCGGCAUAAGUGUUCCUCAUAAUGAGACGACGUGUCGUGCACAAAAUCUAGACCCCUAGCUCUAAAGUCAAGGUCACACUUGGAGGUUAAUGGUUAACCGGGUCUGUUUCAUGUCCUGUUUAUAACUGUGCCAUUCAUCAAGGGAUUUUAAAAUUACUUGGCGUAAGUGUUCCCCAUAAUGAGAUGAUGUGUUGUGCACAAGACCCAGACCCCUAGCCCCAAGGUCAAGAUCACACUUAAAAAUAAAAGGUUUACAUGGUCUGUUUCUUGUCUGGUUCAUAACCCUGCCUCUUAUCAAGGGAUUUGAAAAUAAUUUGACACAAAUGUUAACCAUAUUGAGAAGUUGUGUUGCGCUUAUGAUCCGGAUCUCUCAGGUCAAGGUUAAGGUCACAAAAUUAUUCAAACCUAAACUACUGUGGCAUAUCUUGCACAGACAACUGUAGCAUUCAUGGACAUGCUUUGGGGGCAUUUGUCACUAAUAGUGACAGCUCUUGUUUAGAGAUGUUUUACAAAAAUUUGUAACUAAGUUAACUACUUAGAUAAUUGUUUUUUUGUUGUUAUAACAAUUUUAUUUUUGACAUACCUAAUAAAAUUUUAUGAAAUGUU